AUGAGAGGAAAAACAUCAAAGGAAGCAUGGAAUAUUCUACAACAAGAGUUUGAAGGAGACUCAAAGGUGAGAACUGUGAAACUUCAAUCUCUUAAGAGAGACUAUGAAAAUGAAAUAAUGAAAGAGAAUGAGAGUUUGAAUGAAUACUUUAAUAGACUCUCUGAAUUGGUGAAUCAAAUGAAGUCACAUGGAGAUACAAUAUAUGAUCGCAAAAUUGUUGAUAAAAUUCGGAUUAGUUUGACAGAAAAAUGUGAUCCUAUGGUGGUUGUUAUAGAAGAAACUAAGGACCUAUCAACUAUGUUUGUUCAAGGGUUGAUGGGGUCUUUGAGGUCCUACAAACAAAGGUUGUUACAACACUCUGAAAAAUCAAUUGAGAGUGCCUUUCAAUCUAAACUCAACAUUCAGCCCAAUAAUGGUGAAAAUAAGCUCCCAAUACAAAAUAUAGAAGGACAAAAUGAUGAAGGUAAUUUGUUUUUUGCUUGUCAAAAAGCAUUUCAAGAAGAUAAAAAUGUGUGGUAUUUGGAUAGCGGUUGUAGCAAUCAUAUGACCAGAAAGAAAGAAGCUUUUAUAAACAUUGAUUCUUCAUUUGGCUCAAAAGUGAAAUUGGAAAAUGGAGAACAUGUUGAAGUAAAAGGAAAAGGCAGCAUUGGAGUUACAACAAAGCAAGGAAGCAAAGUCAUUCAUGACACUCUUUAUGUGCCAGAGUUGGAUGAGAACUUGCUAAGCAUUGGACAACUUUGGGAGCAUGGCUAUUCUCUAAAUUUUGAGAAUCAUGAAGGUGUUGAAAGACAACUCACUAUUGGCUAUACACCUCAGCAAAAUGGUGUAUCUGAAAGAAAGAACCAAGUCGUGAUGGAGAUGGCGAAGUCUAUGCUACUUGAGAAAGAUGUCCAACAAAGAUCGUAUAGAAUGAGACUCCACUUGAAGCUUAGAGUGGAAGAACACCUUCAGUUAACCACCUUAAAGUUUUUGGGUGUGUUUUCUAUGCUCAAAUUCCUUAAACAAAAGAGGACAAAGUUGGAAGAAACAAGUGAAAGAUGUGUCUUUAUUGGCUAUAGUUCCAUAUCAAAGGGCUAUAAAAUUUACAAUUUGAAGACAAACAAGGUGAUCAUUAGUCGGGAUGUUGUAUUUAAUGAGAAGGCUUCUUGGAAUUGGGAAGAAGACAAAAUGAAGGAGAAAGCAGUCCCUGCAAUUUUAUUACAACAAAAUCCAACAACUGAAAAUAAGCAACCAACCCCAUGUACACCAAGUUCUUCAUCCUCUCCAAGUUCACCAAUUUCAAGUUCAUCAUCCCCCAGCUCAACUCCAAUAAAAUUGAAGGACUUGAGUGAUAUUUAUGCAAGGUGCAACUAUUGUGUUAUGGAACCAGAAAAUUUUGAUGAAGCAAUCAAAUAA